GAGCUGGAAAUGGAACCAAAUGGGCAACGUUGGGCUUCUAAUGGGAGCGUUUAAAGUUACGCCUUAGUGUGUCGAGGUAAACGGCUUUUCGGCACGUGCGUGAGCGGCUGUCACGCGUGACUUGACCGCUCACGGCGAACGCGGCGCCGCUUCUUUUCCGGGUGCACCGAGUUUGGGUUGAGCGCGGCCGGGCUACCGCGAGCCUUCCGUCCGCCACAGCCCGCUAUUGAGCCACCCGCGAUGGCGUGUGUCCGCUGAAAGACCGCAGCGGCGGCCGCGGCGGUGACUAUGGCGGCGUCGCUGCUCUCCGAGAGCGACAUCAGGCACCGGUCCAUGGCGGAGGAGGAUCCGAACGGCAACGAGCACGGGGCGGCCGGGCGCAGCGCGGCGCCCCGCUGGGGACCGCGGCACGCCGGAGCCCGGCAGCUGGCUCGGCUCUACUCUCCCGGUAAGCGUGUCCAGGAGCGUGUGUGUGUGCUCGUGUGCCUCGUUCUCUUCGUGGUCAACUUCACCUUGCUCCUCCUGCACUUCUCCACGCUACACUUAUACAAGAUCGUUCUUGGCAUUGUGCUGGGAAUAUUGACAGCAGACUUUGCAUCGGGAAUGGUACACUGGGGGGCGGAUACUUGGGGAUCUGUCGACAUCCCUCUUAUUGGCAAGGCAUUUAUUCGGCCGUUCAGGGAGCACCACAUUGACCCGACCGCCAUCACCCGCCACGACUUUAUUGAAACCAAUGGAGACAAUUGUAUGAUCCCCAUCUUACCACUGACGCACAUGGCCUACAAGUUCUUCACUUGCACACCAGAGGCCUUGGCGGCGUCUUAUCCCUGGGACUGCUACGUCUUCGCCCUGGCCGUUUUUGUCACGUUGACCAACCAGAUUCACAAGUGGAGCCACUCCUACUUCGGGCUCCCGCGUUGGGUCACGCUGCUGCAGGACUGGCAUGUGGUGUUGCCACGGAAACACCACCGCAUCCACCAUGUCUCGCCACACGAGACGUACUACUGUAUCACUACAGGCUGGUGCAACUAUCCAUUGGACCAGCUGGGCUUCUGGAGGCGCGUGGAGCAUCUGAUCGAGCGACUGACUGGUCAAAAGCCUCGAUCUGAUGACCUGGCCUGGGCCAAGAAGACUGACUGAUGGAUGCAUGGACAGACGGAAAGGAGGAUGUAGAAACUGUACACAAGGAGAUGAUAUAUUAAAAGAAAAGCUUACACACACACACACACCAUGUAAAUGUUUCAGUGCUUCUGUUGUAUUUAUUAGAACCCUUUUAGCAAUAAAAAGUUCGGUAAUCUUCGUAGAUGCAAAAUUAUGUAUAUUGUCUAAAAAGGUUUGUGAAAAAAAAAAAAAAAGCUUUCCAAAUGGCAACAUGAUUUAAACGUAGCAACCAAUCAGCUCGUGUAUUUAGAAGAGCACUUUAAGCUGCGAGGUGUGCUGGUGUGCUGGUGUCGGAGGUUGGGCUCUCCAGGGCUGAUGCCGUGCUGCCUAACGCACACAGUAACACACACACACACUCACACGUAUUAUUGAAUGAAAGAAUAAAGCGAAAUAUUUAGUUAGAAUAGGACCACGUUCAUUUGGGGAGUUGUUAUUAUUAUUUGCUUCACACUCAGCAAUUAGGCACUGUAUCUAAUACACUGAAAGCCAAUGUGUCAGGAAAUAUGUUAUUAAGAUACGGCCAUCAUUCGUGGGAAUGGAGAAAUGUGUACACACCUUGAAUAAUAAUGAAGGCAGAAUGUCAACUAAUUUAGUUCAUUUUGAAAAUGCUCAUGCAAUCUACAGGCAUUUAAUUUGGUCCAUAUCACAUUCUAUAUCGAAGCACGAAUUGCUUUCAAUGCCAUUAGGUUAUAUUGGUAAAGAACGAAACAUUCAUUGUUUUAUCAAAUUUGAAAGUAAAAUCUACUGCAGCUGUAGAUUUUGGGAAGACGUUGUGGUACACAUGCAGCACAUAACAUUAUUUUGUCAUUUAUUUAUAAUUAGCUUAGUUCGUUUCAGUUUGACUUCCUCUUAGCCUUGCAUUCGUUGGCUCCCCCCUGUAAAUUGUUGCAUCAUCAUUGAGAAAAAACAUUUACAUACAGGUGCAUCUAAAAAAGUAAGAAUAGCAUGAUUUCAAGUUCAUUGUUGAAGUAGUUCGAUUCAAAAAGUGUAACUUGAUUCAUUUAACUCAUUGGAAAGCAUUUUUGGAAGGAUCAUACCUCCCAAAUGUUUGUAUUCAAGAACAUUGAUUCUUAUGGAAUAUUCCAAUUUCUUGAGAUGGUGAAUUUGGUGUUUUGUUUAACUAUUAGCUAGAAAAUAAUAAUAAUCAUACAAAUAACAAUUUUUAAAAAUUUCUGUGUGCAGUGAAUCUAUACAAUACAACAAUUUCAAUUGUUUUUUUUAAUUGAACAGUCGAAACAAAAUGAGUUUUCCAAAAUCUUCCAGUGUGUUGAGCUGCACUUGUAUAUGUCGUCGUCCCACGUCAUGUCCCGAACAUUCCUGGUGCUGUCUGUCAACAAGUUGCAUUCACUGCAUCCACCUUUGAUACAAAAACAAGUCAAAAAGUUUUUUCUGCAUUCAAAGGGUCAAGAAAUAACAACACUUUAGUGUUCCUCCAAACACAUUAACGCUCAUGAGCACUCUCACUCCAAAUUUCUGUCACACAUGCGCAAAUGUUUUGUGUUGUGUUUGGUUGUUUGCUCGAUAAAAUUACAAUUUUCUAUUUUCUUAUUAACGAAUCGAGCCACGUCCACUUUACAUAUUGUAGUUUGAUGCUCGCUGCUUGUCUGCCUUAAAUGUUUUUAUCUGCUCUUUCAUUUGAAUAAAGAGCUAAACUAUU